AUUCCACAGCCAUAUUUCCUCUGGUUAAAAACUCAAUAAAACCUUUAAAGCAUUGCCUCUCCUCCUUCCCCUGCUCAUCGCCAUGCCGUCGCCACUGCUGUGAAGCCACCAGCCGGAGACCUUCGAUAGCCACAGCUAUACCGUUGCAACCCACCUCAGGCAAGCUGUUUGAUCAAAUGCCUGAGAGGGAUGUAUAAAGGAUUACAAAUGCUUGAGAGGGAUGUGUGGACAUAUAACAUAUUUGCCCUUGUCCCCUGUUUUUAUUGUUAAAGUAGUCUGUGAUCUGUAAUCUGUUAUGAACCAAAACCAGUUGAAGCAAAUCCAUGGCCACACCCUGCGCAAUGGCAUAGAUUUCACGAAAUUUCUAAUCACUAAGCUUCUUGAAAUCCCAAACAUACCCUACGCUCACAAAGUGUUGGACCUUAUUCCUCAACCAACUGUCUUCCACUACAACAAACUCAUUCAAGCUUUCUCUAAACAUGGCCCUUGUGACAAAUGUUUUGUCCUUUACACCCAAAUGCGCCUCAAUGGCUGCUCCCCUAACCAGCACUCCUUCACCUCCCUCUUUGCUGCUUCUGCCACACUAAACUUGCCUCCUAACCAAGCUCAGUUUCUCCACACUCAUCUUGUGAAAUCAGGUUAUGAGUCUGAUCUCUACGCCUCCACAGCUUUAGUUGACAUGUAUGCAAAACUAGGCUGCUUACCUUUUGCACGCCAAGUGUUUGACAAAAUGGAGAUCAGAGAUGUUCCCACUUGGAAUUCCAUGAUAGCAGGGUAUGCAAGAAACGGGGAUAUGGAGGGAGCAUUGAAGCUGUUUGAUGAAAUGCCUACAAAGAAUGUUGUUUCCUGGACUACCAUGAUAUCUGGGUACUCACAAAACGGGAAUUACAGGAGUUGUCUCAAGUUGUUUUUGGAAAUGGAGAAAAGUAAUUUUGUAAUCCCAAAUGAAGUCACAGUUGCUAGUGCUCUUCCAGCCUGUGCGAAUCUUGGAGCAUUGGAGGUGGGAGAGAGGAUUGAAAGGUAUGCAAGGGCACAUGGGUACUUGAAGAAUUUGUUUGUGUGUAAUGCUUUGCUAGAAAUGUAUUUCAAAUGUGGUAAUGUUGAUAAGGCUAUGGAGAUAUUUGAGGAAAUUGGUGAAAGGAGGAACUUGUGCUCAUGGAAUACUAUGCUCAUGGGUUUGGCUGUUCAUGGAAAAGGUUAUGAAGCUCUUGUGCUUUUCCACCAAAUGAUUGGAGUCAUGUCACCAGAUGAUGUGACAUUUGUGGGAGCAAUCCUUGCAUGCACCCAUGGAGGAGGAGGAGGAGGGAUGGUGGAGAAAGGAUGGGAACUUUUCAAAUCAAUGGAGGAAAAAUUCUCAAUCAUUCCAAAACUUGAACACUAUGGAUGCAUGGUUGAUCUUCUUGGGCGUGCUGGAGAGCUUACAGAAGCCUACAAUCUUAUAAAAAGCAUGCCAAUGAAACCAGACUCGGUUGUAUGGGGAAGCCUUCUUGGGGCGUGUAGUUUUUAUAAGAAUGUUGAGAUGGGUGAGAUAGCAGCUGGACAUUUGUACAAACUGGAGCCUUGGAAUCCGGGCAAUUAUGUAAUUUUAUCGAAUAUAUAUGCGAAUACAGGGAGGUGGGAUGGAGUUGCAAAGUUGAGGAAGAUGAUGAAGGGUUCUGAAAUCAUAAAGGCAGCUGGGUAUAGCUUUAUUCAACAAGGAAAUGAAGUUUAUAAGUUUAUUGUGGAUGACAGAUCACAUCCGAGAUGUGAUGAAAUUUAUUUGAUACUAAAUCAAGUUUCCUCAAAGAUGAAGAAGCAAGAUGAAGAUGCAACUAUUUUUGAAUGUUUUGGAUAGCAUUAGCUUAGGAGAAUCAAAAUUUUGGCUCAAAGCAAAAUGAAGUUGUCAUAUGCUUAAUUUUAUUUGAUAGAUUUUUAAUGAAAAACAGAACAACGUUUCUUAAAAUUUAUGAUGUAUGUAUAUGAAUAUGACUAUUAUAUUUACAAUAGUAAUAUCAGAUGAUUCUAAAGGGUCAUUGCAAUUUUCACAGAACAGAGGUUUUUGAUUUCCUUAUUAGAA